AUUCUCACCUCUCGCUUGACCAACCAAUUCUCUCUCUCAAUUCCAGAAAAUAGAUUUCCACCCUGUUCAGAUUCCAUCGCUGGAUUCGAGAGAGAGAACGAAGACAGAAAAAUGGAAUCCUCAAACGACGUCGCAUGCAGCAACCUCCCUCGCCUUCUCUCCUCAUUCGUGGACACAUUCGUCGACUACUCCGUCAGCGGCCUUUUCUUACCACCACCCCCAAACCCUAACCCUACUAGAAACCCUAAUCCCAAUGAUCACUCGCACUCAUCUGCAUUACAGACCACGUACCCUACCCCAGACCGCCUAGUCGCCGUCGGUGACCUCCACGGUGACCUCCAGAAAUCCAAACAAGCUUUCAGACUUGCUGGCCUCAUCGAUACCUCCGAUCGCUGGUCCGGCGGGUCUGCUACCGUGGUCCAGGUCGGUGAUGUGCUCGACCGAGGCGGCGACGAGCUCAAUAUCCUCUACUUCCUCGAAAAAUUGAAGCGAGAGGCGGCAAAAGUUGGUGGGACUAUUAUUACUAUGAAUGGGAACCAUGAGAUCAUGAACCUGGAUGGAGAUUUCAGGUAUGUGACUAAGUCGGCUCUCGAUGAAUUUAGAAAUUGGGCUAAUUGGUAUGGUAUUGGGAAUGUGUUGAAGAGUUUGUGCGAUGGGUUGGAGAAACCAAAGGACCCGUUUGAUGGGUUGCCUUUGGAUUUUCCUGGUGUUAAGCCUGAAUUCUUUAAUGGGAUUAGAACAAGGAUUGCUGCAUUGCGGCCUGAUGGUCCUAUUGCGAGACGUUUUUUAUCGAAAAAUUUGACUGUUGUUGUGGUUGGAGAAUCUGUAUUUGUUCACGGAGGGCUUUUACCCAAACAUGUGGUUUAUGGGUUGCAGAGGAUUAAUGAGGAAGUGAGGGAUUGGAUCAGUGGGUUUAGGGAGAGGGUUUCAAAUGAAUUAGUCAGGGGGAGGAAUUCGGUGGUUUGGUUGAGGAAAUACUCGGAUGAAUUGGCGAAGAAUUGUGAUUGUUCCACUCUUGAACAUGUUCUUGCCACAAUUCCUGGGGUGAAGAGGAUGAUAAUGGGGCAUACGAUUCAGGAGAGUGGAAUUAAUGGUGCUUGUGAUAACAGAGCGAUAAGGAUUGAUGUGGGUAUGUCGAAAGGGUGUAUUAAUGGACUACCUGAAGUUUUAGAGAUUAAUGGGAACUCGGAGCUGCGAGUCUUGACAUCAAACACUUUAUAUAGCAAGUCAUAUGAAUCUCCUUUGCAAGGUAAUCAGAAAGACGGGCUCGGUUUGUUGAUCCCUCAACAUUUGCCAAACCAAUUAGAGGCGAAGGCUUAACUGUCAGCCAAUGUAGACUCAAAUAGAUCUGUUUUGUGGAAUCUCUCAGGGAUAAUUGUUUGUAUUUGUAUGACUAAAGUGUUCUGUCAUCAUUGUGGAAAUGGUUGCAGAUCCUUAAUCAUCAUGUACAGUGAUUUUAAAAUUGUGUUCAGAAAAGAUUGCUCUGCCACAUUGAACAUUUGUAACUCCCUGGUUGUCCAUGAUGAGACCAUUUGUUGAUAUAUUAUUUCUUAGCUUUUGCUAUAUUAAAUAUCUUAAUGCCUUUGCAUUGAGAAGGACCUACUGAU